AGCUUGGGCUCAGAGGUUGGCCCGGCUUUGACUCCAGGCAUGGCGCCUUCCGCAGGCAGCUCGAGCUUCAAAGGAUACGCCUUCGACCCGAAGGCCUAUGCCAAGGCGGUUCUGCACGGAUGCAAGCACUCCUCCAGCUCGGUGGUGGGCCUCCUGCUGGGCAACGGUGACGGCAAGGUCUUGAAGGUGCUGGACGUCGUUCCGCUCUUCCACACCCAUGCGCUGGCGCCGAUGCUGAAGAUCGCGUGCAUGCUGGCGGAAGAGCACUGCAAGGCGGUGGGAGGCAUGGAGAUCGUGGGGCUGUACCAUGCCACGGGCUCCGGUAGCACGGAGAUGACCCCGGUGAAGGCCAUCGCCGAGAAGGUCGCCGCGAACUUUGCCGCCGCCUCCGUCUGGACGUUGGACGCGAGCAAAUUGGCGGAGAAGCAGUUCGCCCUGAAGGGUAUGGGCCGUGUGAAGGAUGAAUGGAAGGCCAUUGGCAGCGAUGCGGUGAACCUUAGCAGCGAGGCGCUGGCUGAGACCUCUAGACUCAUCGGUGAGAUGAGGUUUUUGGAGGUGGUGGAUUUUGAUGACCACCUGGCCGAUGGGAGGAAGAGCUGGCUGAACGAGUCGCUCUUCAAGGGCGAGAAGAUCGAGAAGCUUCAAAUUGACUGAGUGCCUGCAGUAGCAUAUCAGCAUAGCUGCACAGCAGGACA